AUGGAACAGAAGCCCAGCACCGGAAUGCAGAUGAAAACCAUCCAGACGGACUUUGGAAGGACGAUACCAACAUUCUCCCGGAAGAAAUCCUCCAAAUUGUCCGCCAUGAAGACGAAACACACACAACAGAAGCCGAGUUGAGCGAUGAAAACAUUGCAGUUGACGAGUUGUUUGAAGAAUUAUCCGCGAUGUCUGAUCCACGACGGGCCCGCUUCGAACGCACCUCGCAUAAUAUUUCCAUAAUCGAUUGCAUCUCGUCCGUUUCUGGAAAGCAAAUAUUUUAGGUGUCUGCCGACCAAAAAAUAUUUUUUCUGCUAAAUUUAUCGUUAGUUUUCCUCGAAGAAGCCUAAAAACAGAAGAAAAAUUCAAAUACUUACCUUGAACAGACAAAAUGGGGCGCAAAUAUUCAUCUGUCGCAUGCAGUAAAAGCAGACGGAGCAAAUCAACACCAAUAAAAAUCAUUCCCAGCUGAAAAUAAUACCCAAAUCAGUCAGAGGACCCAAGCGACAAAACUUCGCGAAAAAAGAUAAAAAAAGCCAGCAAAAGAAAAGAGUGUGAGUCAAACAAAUCCUGUAAUUUCCCUGCGAGACACAAAACACGGAUCAAGUCCUUGCGGAUCAUUUCGUAAUUUUUAGGCCCAAAACUUGUAUUUUUUUACGAUUUUCGUGGCAAAUUUUGCCACAAUAUAACUUUUUGGCUCUUAUUUUUUAGGUAGCUGAUGGAACAAGCAGAGUAUUUUUUUUUACGACUUUCGUGGCAAAUUUUGCCACAAUAUAACUUUUUGGCUCUUAUUUUUUAGGUAGCUGAUGGAACAAGCACAGUAUUUUUUACGACUUUCGUGGCAAAUUUUACCACAAUAUAACUUUUUAGCUCUUAUUUUUUAGGUAGCUGAUGGAACAACCCAGUUGACCCUGUGGAAUCCGACGAGAUCCUGCGCACGGAAGACGACACAUCAGAUUUUGAGGACCAAAUUGAAGCGAGUUUGAACGUUGAGUUGGGUUUCAGCGACGAUCAGGUAUGUUUUUCUUAUUGUUCUUGAAAUUUAGGUAUGAAAAUUGAAAAAGAAGUAGAAAAGUUUCUUGAUGCUCUAGUAUAAGGCGUGAAAUUAAAGCCUUGAGCUUUUGAAGUUUAAUAAAAGUGGAAAUCAGCCAUUAGUGACCUAGAAAUUACUGGAUUUGGCAAUAAAUCUCAUUUUUUUUAGGAAAAUCCGUCGGAAGAAGCCGAAGAACCCAGCUCAUCUCUUGAAAAUGAUGUGAACAAACUCGAAAUUCCUUCAGAAAUUACAGAACAGCUAGAAGCCAUUCGGGAAAUCGCAAUUUCUCCUCAAAAACAGCUCGUGGAAGAGGCUCUAAAUCAAUGUUCUUCGAUCGACAAUAGGCAAAGAAGAAAGUAAGUGGUAACCGUUAAAAUAAUGUGGUUUUAGGCGACACAUUGAACAACAACCUGGUCCCCGCAUCGAAGAAUAA